AUGGCGUCCAAGGCAAAUAGCCGGCUUUUUGUGGUCUUCUGUCGGUCGUGGCUAAUUCUUCUCGCAGUGGCUUCUACGGGAUCCUCGGAAAAGACCCUCGAGUCUCACGUGCGCGAAGAUCCGGACCUGUCGGAGUUCUAUUCGCUUAUGGAGCGAGAUGAAGAAACGAUGAUGAAGCUGAAACUUAACCAACUGACGAUAUUCGCACCCACAAACAAGGCCUUCCAGCGAUAUUCCAACAACGUUACGUACGUUGAAUAUCACAUAGCCUAUCAAGCGUACAAAACAAACAAUAUGCCAAGAAAGAUACGUUCGGUCGCCUACGAAGCACCUCCGAUGUACAUCACACGCCCGGGUGAUUGGAAGAAAUUUGGGACAGGUGAUAUGUUCAUCAACAACGCCAAAAUCAUCCGCGAUCGGUCAGAUCUAACGUUUCGAAACGAAAAGGGCGGUAUGCAGAUUUUGCAUAUCAUCGACGAUGUCCUGCAACCGGUGACGACCAUGAAGACGAGAAUACCAGCUAGUACGGAUGCAUGGGGAAUACUUGACAAUAGCGAGAACUUCCAGAUAGAUUCGCAUCGAGUAAGAGCCUUCCGCAAAAUUGUGCUGGAACAGGAUAAGGAUCAGUCGUACAAGAUGCCCGGCAACAACACCUACUUCGUUCCCGUCGAGGUCGGCAAUAAGAUACAAGGACAUCAACCCGUCAACAGGAUCGACUUCAGAAUGAUUGAUGGCCACAUCAUCGGGGGCAAAGUUGUGUGUCCGAGAACUGUACCAAACAACUUUCAAUUGGAUACACUAGCUGUAACGGAUGAUCUACGUGUUACGUUAAGAUUUUACACCCACAACACAGACAGGAAUCCUCGAGUGUUUGUCAUUUCUCACUCGGUGUCUGGAAAUUCACGGUACACAGGAGGCUCCGUGAUUGCUGAAGUAGUGAAGCCUAACAUACCCUUGGAAAAUGGUAUGAUGCACCUGAUUCAUCGGCCUCUCGUUUUGGUCAAUAUGACUGUGAUGGAGUUGCUGAUGGAAAACAGCCACGCACUUUGGUCAAAGUUCCGUGAUUUGAUCGAGGAUUACGUCCCAGACUUUCAGCAGACCCUUCGAAAUACGCCGUUGAAGACAAUAUUCUUGCCUCAGGACGAAGCCGUCUUACAGAUGAUGCAAACUAACUUCAUGAGCAAUCGGAAGAAGCUGCGAGAAAUUUUGCUGAUGCACGUAGUUCCCGGAGUUCUUUCGACUGAAAAAAUUAAGCAGAAGAAUCAGAAUUCAAUUUUUCAGACUGUGACGUUACACAAGCGUCAGUUGAUUUAUUUCAACGCGCAUGAUAACCUCACCAGCCGUGUUAGAAACGUGACCGUCGAGGCUGGAGGAGUGAAUGCUUCCGUUAUUCUAGGCGACAUCGGAGCCAUAGACGGAUACAUUCACAUCAUCGAUCACAUGCUAGGUGUUUCCUACACCUCGGUCCAGGACAAGCUUCGGAUAGAUCAAACUAUGCGGAUUAUGAACAGAAUGGGAAUGCAGAACAAUUUCAACGAUCAGCUGAACAAAACCACCCAGCGGUUCACUUACUUUGUGCCACGAGACAAGGCCUGGAUGCAGUGGUUCGCUGAACAUCCGACCCCGGAUAUGGAAGAAUUUAUGCGAAACAACGAAGUGUCUCGAUUGGUUCUGGCGCGGCAUCUUGUUAUCGCUGAUCGUGCAUUUACGAUGGGAGAGCUCAGAAAUAUGUCCCAUGAUUCAUUGAUCCUUCCCACGGACGGAGCAGACAACCUGGAGGUCCGAAUCAAGGAGGAAGAUAACCGAUUCUUCAUACAGUGGAAGCGAACGAACAAAUGGAUCUCGGUGUUCCGUGCCAACGUCGAAUGCACCAACGGAUUGAUCCACGUGAUUGAUGCACCUUUUCUGGACGUGCAUGAUGUAAAUGCAAGCGGUGCUUCUAAAGGAUUUCAAGCGACACACUUUUACGGCACUGUGAUGCUCCUCAUGGCGAUAGUAUUUUCCAACAUUGCGCCAUUCGAAGUGAUUUAA